UGUGUUUUUCCUGUGUGCAGUUAUUUGCAGAAAAGCUGUGGCCAAUCAUGAGAAUUCAGCUCAUUUUAAAGCCAGGAUCCUUCCUCUGCAUUGUUUCCUUUGUCUUGACAUUCAUGUUUGCUUCAACACGGCUGUGGAAUUCCCUUUUGCCCCCAGAUGCUUUUUAGAAGGAUCCAUAUUCUUGGGGGGAAAACAGUUUGCUAUACGGACUGACUUUGCCAACCUAGGAUUUGCCACUCAGAGGGCUGGUGAUGACACAUGAAGCAGUGGCAAAUAUGGGAACCAGCAUCCUUGGGAAGAUACAUUGAACAUCCCCACAUCGUAUCCUCAUUUGCAUGGAGAGAACUGCGGGACAGUUGUGAGGCUGGAGACAAAUGUCCUCUGUCAUUAGGUGCCUUCAUCCCAAAGGACUGUUGUUGACUUCACUCAAAGAAAAAAGGUCACACGAGCCAGCGCUGGGAGUUAGAUUUGCCACGUUUGUAACAAAACACGGCAACACGACUGGAACCCAACUUAGUCCUUCUUCAGUGUGCUCUGAUAAACAUGAAAAGAAGGGUAAAUUCUGAGGUGUGUGUUUAGGUGGCGGACCAGGGAAGGUUUUAGGAGAAACCAGCAAGAUGAAAGUCAAUAAUACCUUGGCCAAAGCAUUAUACGACAAUAAGGCGGAGUGCCCAGAUGAGCUCGCCUUUCGCCGAGGAGACAUCCUGACUGUCCUUGAGCAGAAUCUUCUCGGAAGCGAAGGCUGGUGGAGAUGUUCACUCCAUGGAAAGCAAGGCAUGGCACCAGCAAAUCGCCUCCAACUUCUUACCCCUUCCUUAGCUCCCUCCACCCAGCAAGACUCCCAAGAACUGCCAAACAGCCAGUCGAUCUAUCAGAUUCCUUCUGCACAGCAAGCUCCUGCACCCCUACCAAUCUAUGAAAAAAUGGAUAGUUGGAUUACGUCUCCUUUGUCGGCUUCUGCUGCGUCUUACCCAGUGAAACAAGAAGUGUACCAGGUACCAGCGCUGGCUGCUCAACUCCUCAGUGAGAAGACUCAGAGUUCAUCCAAUCAGCAUCUCUACAGUCUUCCCAGAGCAAUGUGUGCUUCAGCACUGGAGAGCAAAAAUGAAAUAUAUGACAUCCCAUCACCACAGCAUCGUGAAUCCCUACUCACUCAGGGUCUUGCUACUCCACCUUCUUCUAGAAAGGGCUCCAAGUUCUUCUCCACCACAGAAAAUUGCCUGGAGAGGGUGCAGCAAUUUUACGAUAUCCCGUUAAGCCCUGAAAAGGUACAAGCACGGAAAUGGCAAGAGUCUUCAUUAGACCAUAUAUAUGUAAUUCCCAUAACAUCUUCAAGAGAAGUUGUCACUAGUUCUCAAGGAAAGCAUCUGAGUGAUUACAAAACCUUGCCAAAUCUUCGGAAAUCAGAGUGGAUCUAUGAUAUACCACUGUCACCUGAAAAAAAAGGAAUACAGGAAACUUCACAGAACCAUUCCCCAAAUAAAAAUGUUUAUGAUAUACCACCAACUAGGUUUGAUUCAAGUAAACAAAGAGCUCUAACAAUGAAGAAUAAAGUAAAAUUAGUGAAUCCUGAGGCAUACGAUGUUCCACCCAUACGGAGGAAGUUAACGUGUCCAGAGAUCCUUCUGUACGAUGUGCCAUCUGUACAUGAUGUGUCAAUGCAACAUCAAAAUGGUAACUAUGACAUUUCUUCAGCUGCUCCGUCUUGCAGGAUUGAGAAAGAGAAGCACCAACGGACUAUUUAUGAUAUUCCCAGAGGAUUGCCUGUUGCAUUGGCACAAAAGAAAGAAAACACACAUAGUCAUAGUUCUGGAGGCAACACAUACAUUUUCCCUCCCUCGUUGUCCUCAGAUGGCAACCCAGAUCAAGACAGAUUGUCUGUUUCAAGUGUAGACAGCAGAACCAGCACAAUAUCAACAUUGUCAAGUUCUUCUAGUGAUUCCUUUUCAUCUUCAGCAUCUUCAUCUAUUUUGUCUUCAUCUUCAGAAGAGCCCAACAAAGAAACAAGCAUGGAACUUGAAUCAGCCAUAGAAACUCUGACUAAGCUACAGCACAGUGUAUCCAGUUCAAUUGCAAGUCUAAUGAUUUUUGUGAGCAGCAAAUGGCGGUAUCGAGAACAUCUAGAGGGAAACAUUGAUGAAAUUCAUCGAGCAGUUGACCACAUAAAGGUCUCCUUGGGAGAAUUCUUGGACUUUGCUCAGACCAUUGAAGGCAACACAGCUUCAGGUUCUGAUAGCAAACUUCGGACAAGAAUUAAAAAACAGCUAAAUAUACUCACAGACUCCUUUCAGAUCCUUGUGGAAACUAGAGAGGCAUUGAACAACUGCAAAUGGUCCCUUGAGAUUCUUGUCAUUAAGAAGCCUCAGAACAAUCCAGAUGACCUGGAUCGGUUUGUGAUGGUGGCUCGCACCAUUCCAGAUGACAUCAAGAGGUUUGUCUCCAUCAUCAUAGCAAAUGGGAAGUUACUUUUCAGAAAGAGCUGCAAAGAGAAAACCGGCAAGGACAGGGCAGUUUGUGCAGAACAUAAUGUGAGUCUUGAACAGCGAGUUGAAGAUGAUUCUCUUCUAAGAAGUAUUUUGGAGAAGCCAAAAGAGAAGGCAAGAGUUGAUGCCACUGAAGAGUCUGAUUACAUUCAGAUACAGAAACCAUUAGGACUGGAAGAAGUACAACCAUCACUUUCAACUCACAAGGCAGAGGGGAAGAAUGAUGACUUAAAAACAAAGGCUUCUCCAUCUGCAAUGAAACACAACGAGGAGAGUCUAGCCACGAAAAUGGUGCUCUCCAGUAUCUGCAGACUAUAUUUUGGGGCUGUUCAGAAAGCCAUUGCUGUUUUUUUCGAAAGUCUUGGGAGUGAUCAGACCCCUGAUGUUUUCAUACCCAAAAGCAAACUGAUCAUCAUGGUGGGCCAAAGGCUGGUGGAUGCCUUAUGUCAAGAAGCCAUUGAAAAGUCCAAUCGAAAUGAGGUCCUGAGUGGUAGCAGCAAUUUUUGUGGCUUGUUGAAGAACUUGGCAGUUGCAACCAAGAAUGCUGCAAUGCAAUAUCCAUGUGCUGUUGCCAUGAAAGAACUUCGCAAUCAAGCUGAUUGGCUAUUAAAGUACACAGAGGAGUUCCGAGCAAUGAUGGAGUAAAGUGAUCAUACUGCUGAUGUUCUAAGAAUAGGACAUGCAUACUGGCAAACUCCAAAGCAGUCUAAUAUAGUAGCAAGCUGAACUGUAUUUUCAACACAUGAGUUGGGCACAGGGCUGUAUCUUCUGGCUGCACCUCUGUAUCUCUGUAUGCACUGGACCCACCCUCUCAAUUCAGAACUUGCAAUGUUGGGCAUCAAGGUCUGAAAGAAUUUCCAAGGAAGUAGCCAUGUUAGGCCUAUCGUAACAGAAGUAACAAAGAAUCUUGUGGCACCUUUAAAAACUAAGAAUUGCUAUUUGGCAUGAGUGUUCAUGGGCCAAGCUUUUUCUUCAGAAGUAUGGCAUUUAGUAUUCAAGCCACGGACUGGUUAAGGUUAUUGGGGUGGAAUAAAAUGGGAUACAGAAAAUGACAUAUUAUGAAUAACGGUUAUAACUUUUCAGACUCCUGGUUAGCAUAAACAUUAUGUAUACCGUCACUUACACAACUCAGUUACCUUCUUAUGUGUGUUUUUUUGCUCUCAAAAGAAUUAUCCGUUUUACCUGAUACUAGAAGUGACCUAUGUUCUCUCAUAGUCAUGUUGAAAAAUCACUUAUGCGGUACACAAUAGGGUAGUAAUAUAAGUAAACCUGUAUUGAUGAACUGAUUAAUACUUGAAAUGAAAUUGAUUGGUUGGUUCAAGCCAAGGAAGAUAAAAUUCCUUCUGAUGUAUUUGCAUUCAGCUAUUUCCCUUUUGAAUGAGUUUUUAAAGUUAUUUUGCCUAAAAAGGAGCUCUGCUCAUGCUUACUCGAUGAACA